AUUGCACUUUCAGCCCAACAUACUAAACAGCUUCAGGCACAACUAGCAUGCAACGGGGAAUUAUCAUUUUACGAUCAAGAAAAAAUCUUGCUCUUCAUCGAAAAUCCAACAAAUAUUUCAUCAAAUUACACCCUCUAUCCACGAGACGAAGUUUUGGCCGUUAGGUGCCGUAAUUCCAAAAGCAAGCCGUGGAUCAUAGGAAGCGUAAGCAAUGGUAUUGUUACCGAUACACGAUGGAAAUGCACAGGUCUUGCGAAAAGGGAGCCUCUAAAUUUUAAGUGGUCGCAAGAUAGGGCAGAUGAUAGCAACUGGGCCCAGGCUGUGGCCAGUUUUUCCAACCGAGGAGAUAGUCCAUGGCGAAAGGUGCGGGAUAUUUCUGAAGAUGCGUUCUGGAUUUCAACUGCUAACGAAGAUGAUGUGAGAAUAUUUUGCAGGCGCAGAUUGUCUGACGUUUUCCUGAAACGGACAAGCUUCUCAAAGGGUAUGAAAUGUCUUAAAAGUAAAGUGCCAAAUUUUGCUAAACAUGGAAAUCAGUUUCCUAGUACAAAUUGGCAGCAGACGUAAUAACUGUCUUGCAAGGCAUUUUUCAGUCACCAAUCAUUUGGAAGUGACUUCAUCGAUGGAAAGAUUCAUCGUGUGAAGAAUAUUUUCCAUUUGACAGAAGUUCUUCGUUGCCCUUUCUCCUCAAAAUUCAGUAUGGUGCCCCAGAUAUCGCCAUACCUGGAUCUGGUGAAUCCUUGUGAAGACUUCUAAAUGUAAACGUUUUUCCAGCAGAAAAAAUGGACUUCCUUUCCAAAGUUCCACUCCCGCAGUGAAACGCCUGAAAACGUGUUCCAUUUAUAUCCCAACCUAAAUUUCUGGAAUAUCUGCAAUCGGCAACAAAAUUGUUUAGACAUUUUACUCAAAGAGGGUAACUUCAGAUAACAAAAGGAUCCACACCCAUCCCCCCUCCCCUCCAUUCAAAGUUGGUGGCCUGGUGACGAGGUUGCGUGUAAACGCAAUUAGCUGUGUCAUUCUAUGCGUGUUUUAAAAUUCCUUGGAUCAGUUCUAUUUCAGUUAACAAUUGAAAUCAAAAGAAAUUCACUUCAAUGAUGGCACUUGGAAGGGCAACUUAAUUACCAAAAAAACGAUAUCCAACGGAUUGGUAAUGUUGACGUAUAGCUCACUAAAAUCCCUGAAAAGGAUAUUUCAUACAGAGUUUGCUCAUUGUAUUGUUUGUUCAAUUGUUUGAUCUAUGACUUGGAAUUGUUUUCUAAUUUUUACGGCCAUUACUUUCAUUGGCAUAACAAUAAGUACUUCUCAUCCCAGGUAUCUUCCAAACAACACUAGAAGACGUCGACUAUGCUCUUUCCAGCCAUCCUCGCUCUGAACACGAGGUCAAUGAUGUCAUGCAUUGUUACAAGAAGUGCCAAGAUGACCCCAAGUGCCUCUCGUUCAACUUUAAAUACACUUUAAGUUUACCUUCAAAAAACUGUGAGUUAAAUGGCGUCACCAAACGUCAAGAUCCUAACAAUUACGUCAAGAGGCCUGGGUACAUAUAUUAUGAGAAUGUAGAAUAUUGA